AUUCAAAGAUGUCGACAAAAGAUUUUGAUAUCUCGCGAGACGAGUUCCGAAACAUCACCCGUUGUUUGGACAACGAGGAGUUCCGUGGGCUGUUUAUGGAGUACUGCAACGAGCUACGAGAUAAUCGGAAACAGUAUGAAGACGAGCUGUCCAUGCUCGAAUCGCAACGAGGAUACGACGUAAAGUUUCUGAAGCCGUCGCCGGGUUACGUAAUCAAAACAAUCGUCGACGGGAAACGAAAAGGAUUCAUAAACGUGUGCCAGUGCGAGCUGGUGCAGAAACCUUCGAGCACAUCCGGCAUGAAUGAGGACGGUACGAAGGGUCUGAAAUGGAGCAUCCCGUACGCCCAAACGCAACCGAGAAAGGAUUACGAUAACAAGCGAAUCGAGUGCAUCGUGUACGAUGUUAUGUUCCAUCCGGACUCGUUGCAUUUGGCGUCGAAAAAUAAUGGCUUCCGCAAGCUACUGAACGAUACGUCGCUGGAUGCCGUGGAGAAGUCUUUCAGCGUGAAGCUGGAUCGGGCUAAUUUGCGCUUCCCCAAACUACAGUACAAAGGUACUCCCAGUUCUGCAGUGGUCCGACAAAAAAUGCCCGAAUGCGAUAGUUUGCCAAAAGACGAACUGUUCGACAAAUUGCUUCCGCCACUCCCAAAUGCUCCGAGCCAUUCUGUGGAAGAUUCGAAGAUUUCGGAAUCGAAAAGUCCCAAAUCACCAAACGAGUGGACGGGGAAAGCGAAAAACAAAGAAAAUAUUGAUCGAUUGCAGAGAGUUGCGGGUAACCCGUUUUACGCUACACCAGAGUACAAAAUCAUUCAGUGUCGUGAUGUCGAGUACGGAGAGAUGACACACGAGCUGGAUGCAAAAAUCGAUCUUACAAUUCCACGUGCGCUCAAAGUAGUCAUCACAUUGCCAUUGCUAAAGUCCGCCUCCGAGUGUGCGCUGGAUGUAACCAAGACAACGAUGUAUCUGGUGAGCGAGCAGCCGGCCAAGUACAAGCUGGAGUUAAAAUUGCCCUACGAAGUAAAGGAAAGCGCAGGAAAGGCCAGCUUCAACAUUGAUGAGCGUUCGCUCACAGUAACGCUACCCGUACUGCGAAAACGCAACAUAACGCUGCAAGACAUUAACGGUGUCAACGGUUCGGCUACACAGACGAAAGAGCCGGGAAAACUGAUCGAAGAAAUUAAUACCAUUCCAGCGGCCAGUGUCGAUGAACCGAUGGCUAAGGCUACACUAACUGCCAUACCGUCUGUGGUGGAAGGAGCGAAAAAGACGGUUUUUCCUAAGUUUUCGGUCAACAAAAUGGAAAACCUUCUUGCGUUUACGCUGAAUGUGCGAAACGUUGAUCCGAGCACGAUCCAGCUGGAUAAUCGGUCCGACUCAGUGUACUGUCGAUUUUCGAACUUAGGCAACGGAUAUUUCCCCUGCUUUUACGUGUUUUUUGUGCGCUUCCCGAAUGCACAGGUGACCGAUAUUCAGCACGAGGAAUGGGACAAUAAUUUGAUUAUUCAGAUCACUCUCAGCACGGCUAACGUGUCGUCGUACCAUGCUGGUCCGGAUGAGCACGAAACGGUGGAGUAUUCCAUUAUGGAAGAUAUUACCGAUAAAAUCAAUAAAUUCGGGAAGGAAAUUGAAGACGACAGUCUAUGCAUAGCAGUGGUGCGUCAAGCAAAGUCCUCGGCGAAGGUGAAAUCCGAGGGACUGAUGAGUAUCGAGAUCACCAAGCGAGAGGAGUCCGACCAAACGCAGCAGGAGCCAAUGAAUGAGGUCGAAACGGAAAAGGAGGAAGAAAAGUCUUCAAUGCUGGAAGCUUGCUCGGCCACUUCCGCUGAAGAGUGCGAAGAGAAGGAUGGUUCUGAGGCGGAGAAGGCCAGAACGCUGAUGAAGGCGAAGCGUAAUUCGCGCAAAAAGAAGAAGCAGCGAUCGUUGUCCGAUUCGUUCUGCGAUCAUUUGAAGGUGAUCGUGGAGAAUGAAGCCACGACGGUAAAUUUCGAACAGCCAACGGCUGAGCAAAACCCAGUGCCGUCAGGUAAGGUAGUGGAUACACCGGAGACAAAGGCGAGAAAAGCUCGCAGCAUGUCCGAGUGUGGCCCGUUGAAGGAAUCGGACGUAGGAGAAGAAGCAGCAACGAUACCAACUCUAACGCGUAAGUACAAGAGCAUCCUGAAACGUAGCUCGUACGAUCGCAGCAUCAGCGAAUGUUCGUCGGUCGAUGAUUUGGGCACGUCAGUGGAGAUGGCCAGAUCGAUCGGCGAAGAAUGUCGCAAGACAGUGCGUUUCAAUAACUCCAUUCGUAAGCAAUUGUUCAGAUCGAACUCUUGCAUUCUAACAAUGAAGAAGAAAGCUCAAAAAAGGAAAGAAGUACAGCGCCGUGCAGAUGAGCGCCGUGAACGUCGAAUGAGCGAAGGGGAAAGCACUGAUAACGAUGAAAAAGAUGCGCACCGUCACGAUGAUGAGCACUGUUCCAGCAGCGAUCAACACGAUGACAAGGAUGCAAUGGAGCACGACAGUGGUGUUUCGUUCGAUUCCGAGUCAGGUGAUAAGGAAGCGGUGAAGGCGGCCGAAAUGAAUGGCGGACGAGGAAAAACUGCGUCGAAGCGGAAAAACAAUAGUAAGGGCGGUAAGUCGGCGGGUUCGAAGUCGAACAAUGGAAAGAAGCAAGGUACUAAUGCAAAGAAUAUUGAAUUCAAAAGUGAUAUGAUUUUCGAUAUCGAAAUUUAAAAGCACGUGAAGUUG